AUGGUCAAAAAAUCGACCAAGAAGUUCGAGAAGAAGCACCUCAAGGACAUCCUUGAGCGGCGCAAGGAGAAUGCUAAAGUCAAGCAACGCCACCACAUGAACGACAAGCGCAAAGAAAAAAAUGCCAUCCGCCGUCAAGCCGAAGAUGAUACAGCCGAUCCUGACCCCAACAGGGCCAAGAAGGAGAAUGCCUUCGCGGAGAUGAAUGUUGACGACUUUUUCGCUGGAGGUUUCGAGAUCCCUGAACAGACCAAUGGCAAGAAGAAGGCCAACAAGAAAGACGUGACCCCCAAGACUGGCAAGCGCAAGCGCACCGCAGGCCAGGCCGAGGAUGAUGAAGAAGUCUCUGCCGAAGAGGCCAGCGACGAUGGAUCUGAUGCAAGUGAUAACGACGAGGCGAGUGUCGAUGGGUUUGAUGAGCACAAAAACCAGCUGGAGGCAUUAAAGGACAAAGACCCAGAGUUCUACAAGUAUCUGAAGGAAAACGAUGCGGAGCUUCUCGACUUCGGUAACCAGGGUGAUCUGGCCGAGGUUGACAGUUUGAGCGAGGGUGAAGCUCCGGAAGAGGAUGAGGGCCCAGCAAAGAAGAAAAAGAAGAAGGCGAAGCAGCAGGAAGAAGAGGCCGAGGACGAAGCUGCCGACAAUACAUUGACAAUCCCUAUGGUGCAGAAGUGGCAGAAAUUGAUGGAGGAGCAGAACUCAAUCCGUGCGAUGCGCCAGACGGUUCUUGCGUUCCGUGCGGCCGCUGCAGUCAACGACACCUCAGCCCCGGAGCAGAAGUACACGAUCUCCGAUCCGAAUGUUUACCACCAAGUCUUGGUCACUGCUCUUAAUGUCGUGCCGAAGGUUUUGGGACACCACUUGCCCGUCAAGGAGACCGCAGGCGGCAAGAUCAAAGUCUCUCUUGACUCCAAGAAGUUCAAGACUCUUACGCCAUUGAUCAAGUCGUAUACAUCUUCUGUGCACCAACUGUUGAUCAACCUGUCAGAUGCCUCGACUCUCAAGUUGACCAUCUCAGCCAUGGAGCCCAUGCUUCCUUACCUUCUUCAGUUUCGCAAGGUGUUGAAGACCCUGAUCAAGACUGUGGUCAGUAUCUGGGCUGAUGUUUCCACCGCCGAUGCGACCCGAAUCACCGCAUUCCUUCUACUCCGUCGCCUUAUGGUUUUGGGUGACGCUGGAAUUAAGGAGACUGUGCUGAAGGCUACAUACGAGGGAGUCGUCAAGGGAAGCCGCAACACAACGAUCCACACUCUUGCAGGCGUGAACUUGAUGAAGAACUCCGCCGCCGAGAUUUGGGGUAUCGACCAGAACGUUUCAUACACUACCGGUUUCUCUUUCAUCCGGCAAUUGGCCAUGCACUUGCGUAGCAGCAUCACCAACACGUCGAAGGAGUCAUACAAGACCAUAUACAACUGGCAAUAUGUGCACUCCCUCGACUUCUGGUCCCGUGUUCUCUCGCAGCACUGCGACGGUCUCGUCGAGGCUCAACUUGGCAGGCAAUCUGCCCUGCGCCCUCUCAUCUACCCAGUGGUCCAGAUCACCCUUGGUGCUAUGCGUCUGAUCCCCACCGCCCAGUACUUCCCUCUCCGAUUCCAGAUGACCCGUGCUUUGCUGCGUAUCUCUCGCGCCACGGGCACCUAUAUUCCCCUAGCUUCAUCACUACUGGAGGUGCUAAACUCGGCCGAGAUGCGCAAGGCGCCUAAAUCCAGCACAUUGAAGCCUCUCGACUUCAACACCGCUAUCCGCGCUCCCAAGUCCUAUCUUCGCACCCGCACCUACCAGGACGGCGCCGGCGAGCAAGUUGCCGAGCUGUUGUCCGAGUUUUUCGUGCUAUGGUGCAAGAACAUCGCUUUCCCGGAGCUUUCAGUCCCCGUCGUUGUGUCCUUGAAGCGCUGGCUGAAGCAGGUCUCUGCUCGAAAUGGCGGCAACAAGAACGGCAAGGUCAACCAGAUGCUCCUUUUGCUAGUGCAGAAGGUUGAGGCUAAUGCCCGCUGGAUUGAGGAGCGUCGUCUGAAUGUUACCUAUACCCCUCGUAAUCGGACUGAAGUUGAAGCUUUCCUCAAGGAUGUGGAUUGGGAGAGCACUCCUCUAGGUGCUUUCGUCAAGACCCAGCGCAAGUUGCGGGAAGAGCGAGCCGCUGUGCUCGAAGAGGGACGUCGCGAGGAAGAGAAGCGACGUGCCGAGCAAAAGAAAGAAGAUGAAAAUGAGAUGAUGGAUGAUUUCGGCAGCGAUGACGGUAGCGACGAGGAUGAGGCAGAGCUUGAGAGUGAGGAUGAGAUCGAGGAGGAGGACGAAGAGGAGGACGAGGACGAGAUGGAGCUUGAGGAAGAAUAG